AUGACGAUUCCCCUCCUCCACACACACACAAACUCGUCUGAGGAGCUCCAUCUACGCCAUCUUCGGCAGAAGCUGCUGCUGCGUCUGGCCAUCAUCGUCGGUCUCGUGGCUGCCGUGGGCGGGUUUCUCUACGGCUACGAUACUGGGCUCAUCAACGACAUCAUGGAAAUGCAGUAUGUGAAAACACACAUCCCGCUGCACGAGGGCGACUUCAACACCCACGAGCGGGCCUUGAUCACGGCCGUGUUAUCGCUCGGAACCUUUUUCGGCGCUCUUAUAGCUCCGUUCAUAUCAGACAAGUAUGGCCGGAAGCUGUCGAUUAUCGUCAGCUCGGCGAUCAUCUUCAAUGUGGGCAAUGUGCUUCAAGUGAGCGCUACCGACGUGGGGCUUCUAUGUGCUGGGCGUGGUAUUUCUGGCUUGGCAGUGGGAACGCUAUCGGCUAUCGUACCGUUAUACCAGGCUGAGGCUUCGCCGAAAUGGGUCAGAGGUUCUGUUGUGUUCACGUAUCAGUGGGCCAUCACAUGGGGGCUUCUCCUAGCGCUGGCGAUCUGCCAGGGAACUCGCAAAAUGUCGUCUUCAGCCAGCUAUAGAAUUCCCAUUGGCAUACAAUUUCUCUGGAGCACCACGCUUUGUAUAGGUAUGUUGUUUCUUCCGGAGAGCCCCAGAUUUUACGUGCAAAAGGACAAUAUCCAGCAGGCGUUGGCGAGUCUUCUGAAACUACGGCGUCUUCCCGAUGACGACGCCGACUUGAUCGAGGAGUUGGUGGAAAUCAAGGCCAACUACGAUUACGAAAUGAGUUUUGGCAGAACAACCUAUUUGGACUGCUUCAGGCUGGGAGGUGGUCGCCAUAAGCAGAGACUCCGCAUGGCCACAGGAAUGGGGAUCCAUGCUUUCCAACAGUGUUCAGGCAUCAACUUCAUAUUCUACUAUGGAGUCAAUUUUUUUAGUAACACCGGCGUGGGCAACUACUACCUCAUGUCCUUCUUCACGUACUUGGUGAAUGUGGUAUUCACCAUUCCGGGUAUUGCAUUUAUCGAUAUCGUCGGUCGGCGAAAGUUGUUCAUGUGGGGCGGUUGUGGAAUGAGCUUCUGUAAUUUCGUCAUUGCCAUUGUGGGUGUUUCUGUCAGUGCCCAGCAGGCCAGAUCAAUCGUCAGCAUUGUAUUUUCGUGCUGUUUCAUCGCGUGUUUUGCUUCGAGCUGGGGUGGUGCCACAUGGGCGCUUUCCGCAGAUAUUUACGGUAUUAGUAUUCGACAGAAAGCUGUUGCCAUCACCGCUGCCACAAACUGGCUAGUCAAUUUCGUGUUUGCCUUCAUCACGCCUUACCUUAUAGACACAGGCAAGCACACCGCGGCGCUUGGAAACCGAAUCUUCUUUAUAUGGGGCGGUUUUAACGCUUUGGGUGUAGUCUACGUAUAUUUCAUGGUGUACGAGACGAAAGGCUUGAAGUUAGAGGAAGUUGACUUCAUGUACAUGAAUUGCGAGAAUUCAAGAGCUUCAACAAAAUUUGUGAGUCGGGCAAUCGACUACUCGAAUAUGCCAACGGGAAACGCUGGCACGGGCACCACCUUCGGUUCUAUUUCUUCAAACACCGAUAUCAAUCGGCUUGUGGAGGCUAACAAAGCUUCAUCGUCACCAUCCACGGGAGAAAACUUGGGAAUGAACGAAAUCAGACACCGGAAUAUCCCGAAAAGUGAAGUUCCAAACACCGCCAUAACUAACAACUUCCACCACCUAUCACCUACCGUCAGUGACACCUCCAGCGAGGCUCUGGCGUCUGCCAACUCGACGAUGUCGACCCCAGGCAUCACAGAUUAUCAAAAAUAUCUCAUGUCGUUGAAAGAACACGACGACAACCAAAUGGCGAGAACAGACUCGUCGCACACAUCGGCAUCUACUAGACGAAAGCUAAAAUUUGGGUCUAAAAUGACCACUCCCGAGAAGAAACUUCUGUCCUCUGCUAGCAGAAAACACAGUCUAGCUACGGCCACAGGCACGUCAAAUCAUUCAAGCUCGUACGUAUCUGCCAGCGCAUUGCAAGAUGGCAUUGGGAAAAAGAGUGGGUUGGUGAACGCUGCGCUGUUUUUCGCCAGUCCUCCAAGCGACUCUGAUUCAGAUGACCUGGAUGACGAGGAGGAGAACAACCAGGAAGAGCGCAGAGAGAAAAGCAAUGAGUGA